GCACUUACUUAUCCAAUAUCGAACCCGCUUUGAAUUAAAUUCGUUAAGCUUCCACCCCAGUCUUUCUUCGUCUGGCUUUCUGUCAACAAGUUCCUCCGAACGGUGAACGCGGGUUUCUUAUUUCCGGACCAAAGUCGAAGCCAGAAGGCUUACUUCGGCGAUGUAAAAUCUAGUGAAUGUGUCGCAUUGGCUCAUCAAAUUAUUCAGCCAAUUUCAUCAGUCCGAUAAUUGAGAAUAUUUUUUCAAAAAAAAUGGAACGUGUUUUUUUGUUGGUGUAUCUGUGUCUCACAGUUCUGUGCGUCGAUUACACCCACGCUGUAUACAUCAAAGAUCCCUCCCUUUGCAGUAGGUCAAAAUGUCACGCUCCCUCCGGCCAGCUCCAAAAGUUCAAAUAUUUGGAGGGUAUAAUUUAUCGUUACGCGUACAGCGUUGACGUGAGCACGAAUCUCGGUGAAAAUAAUGGAAACGGGAGUCGCAAGGAGUCGACGAUCCAGAUCGACUCGGUGGUGUCUCUCAGUUUCGCGUCUCCCUGCGAGGGCUACUUGAAGAUAACCGAGUCCUCCGUGAGCUCGAAUCGUUCGGCGUACGAACCGGAAACCCCGGACAGAGCCGGUGCCGAGUUCAAAAAAAACGUCGAACAACAUCCCAUAAGAUUCGCCUUCCAAGACGGCGUUAUCCACGAGGUAUGUCCCCACCCGGACGAGCCGGUCUGGUCCCUAAAUUUCAAAAAGGGGAUCCUCUCGCACUUCCAAAACAGCAUGCGCCGGUUCGACGUGGAUCACUCGAGCCCGGAACUGGACGUGAACGGGAUUUGCGACACCAAGUACGAGCUCUACGAGGCGAGAAAGACGAGUCUGAUCGUAAAAAAGAAGAAAAACAUACCGACGUGCACCGACAGAUACAAAUUUCUGUCGGUCAUCCAAUCGACGACCUACAAAAGUCCUUACUCCUCGGAGGCCGACUGGUUCCGCGCCCCUUUGUUAAAGUCAUCCAGCGAAUGCGAGAUAACUAUAGAUCACAACAUCUACGAACGAGUCGAAUGCGCGGAAUCUUAUAUGCUGAAACCGUUGUCGAACGGUAAAAAAACCGGCGCGCGAACGGACACCCGGACGUCAUUGAGGCUCAUCGAGGAACUCUCCGACGACUACGUGGACUCCUACGACAGCGAGGGCGACAACUAUCCAUUGUCGAAGAGGGUCAAUCUCCUUUACAAUCACGCGGACACGCCGAAGCCGACUCACGGCGAACUUCGCACGUCACGCGACUGCGUUAAAAAUAUGUGCAGAAUGCAGGGGGCCGGUGAAGAACUGCAGCAAGAAUUUUCCGAGAUCUUUACCAAAUUCAUACACUCCGCCAGACUUUUGAACUACCCAUCGUUGACCCAGCUGAUGUACAGGGCGAACAGCAUCUGCAGAACCGGAAGAAAGCACAUCAUCGACGCCUUGCCGUACGUCGGUAGUAACGCCGCGCUGACGGUCCAGAAGGACCUGAUAAUCAGAGGGCAAGUGUCGCACGACAAGGUGAAGGAAUGGGUGACCGGCUUCGCUCUGAUCCCCCGUCCCGAUCGCGACACGAUAUGGGCGCUCGCCCCGCUCUUGGAGCGUCAAAAGGAGACGAACAACUCGCAAUUCGACCUCGCCUACUCCUCCGUUAUCCACGCGUUUUGUUCGAACACCGACGAAGACUGUUUGAAGGUGGAACCGGUGGCCAGAUUUUUGCGACACAUCGAAUCCGAGAUCGAGAAAGGAUGCGCCAGGAAGAGCCACACGCCGUUGGAGAUCAGGAAGACGAUCGAGGCUCUCAAAUCGUUCGGGAACAUGGGGGUCGAGACGAAACGGUUGAGGGACAAAUUGAUGGACUGCAUGGAAGGCGGGGGAGGAUAUUUGACGAUGGAGGUCAAGGUCGCCGCCAUCGAGGCCCACCGAAGACUACCCUCCUGCGAGGAGACAAGAGACCGUUAUUUCCUGAACGUUUACAGAAAUCUUACUCUCGAAACCGAGGUCAGGAUCGCUUCGUAUUUGCAAGUGAUGAGAUGUCCCGAUUACAACGUGAUCAAGCUGAUAAGACACACUCUCAAAGUAGAGGAGGUCAAUCAAGUCGGCUCUUUCGUUUGGAGUCAUUUGACGAAUCUCUUGAAGUCCUCGUCGCCCAGCAGGAUCGAGAUACAAAGUCUGUUGACGGACAGGGAUUUGGGAAUGAAGUUCAACGGUGACAUCCGUAAAUUUUCGCGAAAUUACGAGACCUCGUUCUUCUCCGACGAGUACAAUCUGGGCGCCAACUAUCAAACCAAUUUGAUAUUCUCACCGAGUUCUUACAUCCCGCGAACGGCUACCGUAAACGCAACCUUGGACGUCUUCGGGGAAUCAAUAAACGCCUUCGAGAUAGCCCUUCGUUUCGAGGGUAUGGAAUUUUACGCCGAGAAAUUCUUCGGUCCCGACGGCCCCCUGAGCAACGAAAAAAUCACCAAUCACUUCCGAACGUUCUUGAGGAGCAUGAGGUCCGCGAAGACCGACAACCAGGACUACAACGGGCAGAUAAAACGUCUGCCUAACGUCAUAGAGAACAACUUCGACAAUCCGAGGAUAACCUUCGCCCUAAAGGUGUUCGGAAACGAUCUCCAAUACUCCGUUCUCAACGGGGACAAGCAGAUAAGAAACGCUAUAGCCACCUUGGAUCCUUGGGCAAAAAUCAAGCAAAUUUUGUCCGGCAAAGAGAUGAAAUUCGAGAAGGCCACCAUGUUCCUGGACUCGUCCUACGUCGUGCCGACCACCGCCGGUCUUCCCCUGAAAUUAGGAGCCACGGGAUCCGCGGCUUGUAAUUUCAAAAUGUCCGGAAUGAUGGACAGCGAACGACUGACGACCAACGGCGAGAUCGAAGUUAUGGGAAACAUGAUGCCCAGCGUCAGCGUCGACGUCACGGGGACCAUGACGGUCGACGCGUUUUACAAGAGCGCCGGAAUCCGCCUGAGGUCCAAUCUGUACAGUUCGGGUGCCGUCCGAGGUCAUUUGAAUGUCAAGGGGAUGCACCUGAUCAGUCUGAACUUGGGCCUCCCGAACCAAAGGAUCGAGAUAUUCUCCGCGAUGACCGACGUCCUCCUGUUGAGCACCAACGGAGCGAAUACCGAGGAAAUUCCCGUGGGAAUGAUAGUCACGUCGCGCGAUAAUAAGGAGGUAAAAUUACCGGGAAGCGACAUACCAGUAGUGAGCGACAGAACGUGCAGCUGGCCGGCGCUGGACAAACUUGUGGGAUUGAAACUUUGCACCGAUUAUCAAUUCUCGAACGUCACCAAGAACCCGAACGCCUCCUACUUCGUCCUGAACGGACCGAGUCUCUUCAAAGUAUCGCUGAUCAAGGCGGAUCCGAGCGCUAAGAGCUACCUGCUGGAGUACAAGUGGAACAGAACGGAGACCGAGAGCGUCAUCAAGGCGACCUUCGACACACCCGGUUCGAAGAUAAACAGGGAACUGAGCGCCCAAAUUUCGUUCGACGGUAGCUCGAGGAACGUUUCCGUCCUUUUACAAUCGGCCGGCAAUUCGCUGGUCGCAAAAGGAACCUACAAAAAAACAGAUUCCGAACUCUCGCUGGACCUGGUGCUCGACAUAAACGGCACCAAACAUUUCGACGCGAGCGUCGGGUACACCAGAACGGAGGGUCGUCACGGCUACACUUACAAACCAAAAUUGUACCUGGCGAUCAACAGCGAAAGGGUGGUCGAACUUUCGGGCGCCGUGAGAAACGUGGAAAAAGAUAACGUCUCGCAAAGCGACAUUAAUUUGCUUUUCGAGACCAAGAGAGGAUGGAGCAAAGUCACUGGCUACGUAAUAACGAAGCAAACGCACAUCGAGGCGAACGCGAAACUCGAAUACGAAUUGGAAGGACUGAAAAGUUCGGCCGCGGCCGUUAAGAAAAAAGAAACCUUGCAGAUAGAAGUUUCCCUCAGCAAUCUAUCCCAGAGAACUCUGACCCACAAGUCCGCCACGCUGAAAAUGCAGUCGUCCGCCUACCCCCAGCUGAACAUCGUGAUGGCCGCUUGGUACCGUCAAGCUCUCGGUCACCUCGAAAUUCACACGGAGAUAAACUCGAGCCCCCAUCUGCUCGACGACAGACACAAACUGACCGCCGAAAUAGUCUUGACCAAUUCACGAACGUAUCUGCAGCACGAAGGUUCCAAAAUCGCCGCCUCAGUCGCCAUAAAAAAACCGAUUCAGAAUCUCGACGUAAAAGUCGGACUGAAUCACGUGUCCAGCGGUAUAGUGACCAAGACCGACGGACUGAUCAGAUACGCUCCAGGCAAGGAGAUAGUGCUGGUCCUCAACAUGAAGAUGCCCAGGGGAGCGUUGCUGGACGUCGAGGCGCACGCCAAUUUGACGAUACCUACGUUCACCCCGCUCGUGAUAGACAUCGACGUGAAAGAGCAGCCCAGAAACGAGUACGACCUGAAUUUGGCGGGCACAUGGUUCAGCGGUCACAACAUAACGGCGAGAGGGACUUACGUGGACAGUUCGACCCUAUCGGUGCUGGAUCAGUCGGUCAAGCUUCUCCUGAAAUCGCCUAGUUUUCCAACGGACGUGAUAGUGAACUGCAAGGUUUACGACGACGCGAGCGAUCUGCGAAUAGAUCUGCAAAUGGAACAAAUAGAUCUGGACAAAUACGCGCUGAUAAUAAAACACUCGACGUUGACGUUGACGCAGUUCUCGAGUUACUUCGAAUGCCGUUACAAGUCGAACGUUUACACCCUGCUGGCUAACGUGGACAAGGAACGAGAGGCGAGGGUCGAAAUGCACCUGGACCGAUGGCGGGACGUUCAUCUGAUAGUGAGGGGUAUCGACGAGAUAGCCAAGAAAGAAGUCGGACUGGAGAUCAAGUGGGACGCGAACAGGGAUCCAAAUUUGAAGUUCGCCACCGCUUUUCAGCUGGUCAGACAGAGGAAUUCGAAUUCCAGGAAUGUCAGCGCCACCGGGAUGGUCACUUACCCGGGGCGACUGGCCACCGGACGAUGCCUCUUCGCCCUGCUUGGACAGAACAACUACCUACUCGAUACCGUGUUCAAAUGGUCGCCCAACUCGGCCGUGCAGUUCACCGUCAACGCCGAUUAUCGGAUGGAACCGUAUCACAAGAUAUUCAAAAUGGAAUCGCAGCUGGUAACACCAUUCGAAUUUUGGAAAAAGACUUCGUUCAACACCAGGUUUUUGCAAAAUAACAACACAUUCACGGCCAGCGGUAGCGUUUACUGGCAGGACACACAGCAUUUUUUGAUAGAUUUGUGGAGCGACUUGAAGGACGACGACCAGAAGUUGGAAUGGCGCGGUAAUUGCGGACUCGGUAGCACGGUUCACCACGUCAAAUGGAUAACGAGCAACGUGACCCACGUACAGACUUACGGUAGAAAAGUUGACUCUCGCGUGCUGGUCAAUUACUAUCCGGACAAAGUGUUCGAUUUGAAGAGUUCGUGGGAACUGACGAAGGACAAAGACGAGGCGUUCAACGUGACCGGACGACUGAACAUGAUAUCGCCACUGGCAAGUUACGAAAGAGGCGACGUUAUUUGCAGUUUCAAGUUCACCGAGGACUGGAAAAUUCAGGGUGGCGUUUACGUCGACCUCGACAAACGGAAGUACACCGGACGUUUGAUCGGCGACAUCGCCCGUCUCAGGGAAUCAAUGGUGCAAUUCAAUCUGACCACACCGAUCGACAGGUUUUCAACGGUUCGCGGUAAACUCGGUUUCUCCGAGUCCGAGAAGCACGUGGUGGCCAAGGUAGACGGACCCCACGGCGCCGUGGGCUUCGAAGGGAUUUGCCAAUUGUUCGCUCACGGCUCCGAUUUCAACGUGAAACUGGAACUCGCCACCCCGAUCGACCUGCUCCAGAGGACUCUGGUCGUCGCCAAGCUCAACAAAAAGGAAGCCGAUUUCAGGAUCGGCUACAACAACAUCACCGCCGGAUUUCAGGGAGUCUGGUAUUUCCUGAAUCUGACCGACUUCCACCACAGAUACAUCAUCUACACGCCCCUCGAGUGGUUCGAGGAAUGCGGUAUCGUUUUGAAACUGGUCGUGGACAGCGUCCCCGGUAGGGCGAAGGUCAAACUGGACACCGAGUUUUCGGUGAAAUUGACCGACACAAAAAUUGGAAUAGCUGCCACGGCCGGACCGAAACCUCCGCCGUUCGUCAUACCGAAAUCACCUUCGGAACUGGACGCGCCGCCCGACAAUUCCACCCUCGAGUACGAAGACGAUUACGAAGACGACGACAUUCUGGACGAGAAGUUGUACUGGCAAGGUCAAUUUCAGAUCGAUCCGGCCAUAUUCGAAACCGUAGUAGGUGAGCUGGACAUAGACGAGGAGGAAUCAACCUACAAAAUUUUGGGAUCUUUGAAAAUUCCUCCGGGAAUCAUACGAAUGGACGACAGAUUUUUUAUGGAGGAUAUUUUCACGAUGAAAAACGACCUGAAAAUCGACACACCAUUCGAUUUCGCAUCGGAGAUAACGUCCACGUAUUUGUUCAAUCUGAAUUUGGACGAUCACGUUUACCUCGUCGGGACGGACUUGAGGUUGAAAAAUCACAGCGAUUGGAUCGAGGUCGGGUACAACGUUAAUUACACCUCACGUUCCGUCGACGAUUUGAGUACCGAAAUUUUCACGUUCAACGUCAAAACACCCCUGCGAUUCAUAGCGUACGUGAAGGGUAAAAUAAUCUUAGAAAAAGACGACGGCGCUUACAAGAGCAAAGUAGAUCUGGAAGGACCAAAUUGUCGUGUGAACAUCGACGGAUCCCUCGAAUCCGACGACGGUUACUUGGACAGUAUGAUGCUCGUGAAAAUUUCGAGCCCGAUAUUCGUCGUUCCGAGGACGAAACUGAUAAUGAAGAAGGACAUGGCGUCGAAGGAGAACCGCGUCGAAUUAGGAAUGGAAAUUUACGAGCCCGUCUCAAAAGUAUUCAAUCUCCAAGGAAUCUGGCACGUCGAGGGUAUGAACUUGCUGAACGCCACGGCGAUCCUUACCAGCCCCGUAGAAAUGCUGGAAAAUGUGCGGGCGAGUCUCUACCAUUCGAACACGCUAACGAAGGACGACGCGAUGAAAUUGGACGUGGAAUUCGUCCACCGGUUCGUCACGCUGUACAAACUGACGGGGAAUUACAGGAACAACGUCGUGAGCAUGCGGCUGAACAGUCCGUUGAAGAACUUCGAGGCGGUAGAAUUCUUGGGAAAGGUGGUCAAGGUCGGCGACGGCGUGUUCGAAUUCAGCGGUGAUUUGAGGAGCGAGGGGUCUUCCGAAUUUCACAAGGUCGACGGACAGGUCACCGCGAACGAGGGUGUGAUCACCUCGGUGGAGGCGGCUAUAAUACCGCAGGGUAAAUCCCAGCCGGGCAAGGAAAUGCUCGUGAAUUUUUACAGGGAGGAUUACGGAUUCAAGAUUCAGACGAAGGACACACCGAGGGACGCUUACGUGAGUUUCAGCUACAUGAAUCUGUACAGUUGGAAUUUGGAGACGAAGAUAUUCGCGGCGGACAACAGAUUCGUCGAUUAUCAGCUGAUGGCCUUCAUCCGCAAUCAGAGGAACGGGAAUCUGAGCGCACAUUUGUUCGGGAAAACUCCGUGGAAAAGUUUGGAACAAAUCGCUCUCGACGGGAAUCUGAUGUUCACGGAUUUGGGGGGUAGCGUCGCGACGCACCAUCGUUUCAACCGGGACAGCAGCGACUUCCGUUUGGAGUAUUAUUUGAAAUACAUGGAGGACAUGUUCGGGAAAAUAAUUUUCGGCUACGACAUCGACAACGUGAAGAAACACAUCGACACCCAGAUAUUCUACAAGAAUCCCAAGAAAAUAUUCCGGAACAUAAACACGGGAUUCGACGUUAACGUGGACCACGAAAUUUGGAGAUUCGGGAGCAACGUCACUCUGGGUUUCGUGGAUGAGAAUAACAUCGACGCCAUUUUGAGCCUCACUCUUCCACCGCCGGAUAAGGAUGUCCAUACGAUACUGAUCAGCUACCACGGACAGAAGGAACUGAACGACUACAAAUACGCUGUUGGUUACAACACGAUUUUUUCAAAAUCAAACUACGCAUCGGACGGUUCGUUGAAAAUGCAGACGCAGGACAUAAACGGACACCUAAGAUUAACUUGGGGUCUGACGGCUCGCGAGACGGUGAACAAUUUGUUCAACGUCACCUUCGACAACAAGGAAAUCGCUUUCGAUUAUUCGCUCAUAACGCCGAAUUAUCUACAAGAAGAAACUCUGGUGGUGCGACUGAACUACGACGGAGGUUCACCGGAUCAGAUGGUGAUAAACGCGAACGUUUAUUCUCCCUCCACUAAAAAAAUUGGAACGGCAAAUUUGGUUUACGCGAGUUUAGCGAACGUCAACGGAUCCGUGAACGCCUCGACUCCUUUCAAAGCGCUUCCCUACGCCGGCUGCAAUUUCAUCGUCCUCACAACAAUAAAACAAAACAAGAGGUACGUCCAGGUUACCUGGCCGGAGAACACCGCCGUUCUGAACUCUCAAUACGCCUAUCAGAGCGAAAGGCUCGAUUCGUCUUUGGAAGGAAGUUUUCAAGUGGAAAUCCCUCUGAACACUCGCCACAUCGGAUACCUGACGUACGGUUACAAAAAACGUCCGUUGAUAACCACCGGUCAUUCCGAAUUGACGUACAACGGCGAGGAAAUAAUGCGAGGGAAUUACAAGUCGAAGAGUCAGUCGAGAGCGGGAUUCGAACGAGACAACAUAGAAAUAACCAUCGAGAACCCAUUCAAACCGUUGGGAAUAAAUUACAUGAACCAGUAUGAGUACAGCGGUGGUAUCGAGGGUACGAAUUAUCCGACCGUCGAAACGAAGCACAUAAACGUCUACAGGCUGGACAAUAGGUCGGAAUUCGACGUUACCGGCGAGUCGCGAAUAAGGACCACCCACAGCGGUCAGGACGUAGACCUGAAGGCCGUCCAUUCGAACCGCACGGUGAAGCUGAGGACGGACUACAACAUUCUACCCGGCGAAUUCGAUCACAAUUGGCGGCUUAGUUUGGCCGAAGACGCGUGGGCCUCAUACCACGUGAACAUCGUCAACAAAACCACGGAUGAGGUCGACAAUCAAUUUUUGAUAAUAAACUUGGCAUAUCCGAGGAGAAAUUUCACCCUCGACGGAUCGUACAAGAUAAGCAGCACCGACAUAAGUUCGCAAGCUAAUUUGGAGUGGGACAAGGAAAGCGGCAAACCAAGGUCGAUCGGUGCCGGAUUCGAUUGGAGCAAGUUCAACACCGACGAUCUAGAGAAGUGGCAAGAAGCCGUGCUGAGCUUCAAGCACCCGAGUUUCGAGAAGGACGUGACCUUCACCGCGAAACUCUUCAACGGUGACCCCAAGAGUUUGGUGAAGGUCGGUCUGGUCGUAGACUACUCUACGGAGCCGGAGAAGCUCUUGGUACUCUCGGGGAGGAUCAGGGACGAGAGCGUCUGGCCGUUGGAUCGUAAAUACAGCUACGAAAUAAUCGGACGACACCCGAACACUCGUCUGGAUUUGAGGGUCCAAGGAUCCGUCCAUAAGCACGGAUUGGUUUACGGAAAAUUGAGCAACUUCGCUACCUACAAACGAAGCUUCUUGCCCGUUGAAGCUGGGCAACUUUACGCGUCGGUCGAUUUGUCUCUCUACGAAAUUGAACUGAGGAGGGAAAACAAGGAGGUGAUCAAGUACUUGAAGACCAGGUAUUACCCCGCCUAUCCGGAGUACGUUGUCAACGGUUCGAUGAUAUACACCCCGGACACCAACGCCACGGGUCAUUUUUACUUGAAUUUGGACGAGAAGUUGACAUGGCUAAUGGUCAAUUACACUCCAGACGCCGUGGAGAGCCUGAGGAUGUUGGGUAAAAUUCCCGACGCUCGGAACGCGGUGUUCGACAUAUGGAGGACCUACGAUCAGGACCUCGUUUUGUCGGACGUGGCCUUUUAUCUGCGUUUGAACCACUCGAGACUGGUCACUUCGACUUUGAGGUGGAGACCGGACCUGAAGGAAGACAUCACGAACGCGAUAAAAUCCUCGUUCAACACAGCGUAUCAGAGCAUAGGGGAGGACGCGGAGUAUUGGAAACAGUACAUUAGAAGCGAAACAGCCGCCGCCAUCUCCGACGUCUGGGAAGACGCCCAAACCGAACUUUACGAAUUUCUCGAAGACUGCAACAACCUCCGAGAAGUUCAAGUAGAUUUCGACGACCUCAAAUUGUACCUGAACGACUCUUACAACGCGAACGAAUUUUACAUAAGAGACAUCGUCGGAUUCGGAACCUAUUUGAUCGACGAAUUGUCUCUGAGAAGUCACAUACAAUCGCUGCCCAAUAUAGUCAACGAAAUUUGGGAUAUAAUGGGAGAAUCCGGUCUGGCCAUAAGAAACUCUCUCAUCUGGGCGAUAGAGACGGUGAAGGCGGGUUACAACAAGUUGUCGGAAAUAGUAGCGGCCAUUUUGAAGGGUGAUUCGAUGACCGCGUUGACCGAGAUAUUCGAAAAACUCGUGGAGAAGUACGACAAGUUCGUGAAGGAUUUGCACGUGUCGUUCAUAAAGUACAUGGAAAAUUUGUGGAACAAUAUAUUCCUCGCCGUAUCGCAGCAGUGGUCGAGAUUUCUGAAAUACGUUGAACCGAUGUUCAUAAAAGUCCUCCACUAUUUGGAAACGGUCGUUUGGUCGGCGAGCAACGAGGUCCUUCACUUCCUCUACGACCGUAGGAACGACAUAAUAACGUCGCCGUACUUCGACCGUUUCACAAACUUCACACAGGACGUGGACAGAAUCUACAAGGACAUUCAGGCUCACGAUAUCGUGACAAACGUGAGAAAAUACUCGGCUAUAAUCAUCGAUUUCGUGAAAGAACGUUACUUCACCAUGGUGCCGUUUGGAAAAGAGUUGAAAAACGUCGUCGACGAGAUAAUCGGGGAACUUCAGGAGCUCACCAAGCUACCGUCCGUUCGUUUCACCAUCGACAAGGUUCAGCAACUCUACGCGAAGAUCAAAUACCUUUACGACUACUUCGAGGUCGGCGAUCAACUGAACACAGCCAUAAAAUUGAUCCACCUGAAGUUCACCGACAUAAGCCAGACGGCUCUGCAGGCCGAAAAUCGGUACAGGGAAGCGAAGACCAAGUUCAUAUUCAGCCCGGAAAAGGGACUUUUGUGUCUGGAACAGAAACUGCCCAUGUCAUGGCACGCUUUCAACCAAACUCCCGAGUUCCAGGAGAUAGCCGAGUACAGGGCGUUCACCGACAUGCGAACCUACUUCGUCAGCUCGAACAUGACCUUCUGGACGCUCUAUCACCAGUACAAACCGUACACAGAACCCUCCAGCUGGCUGCCCCCCUUCAGAGCUCAAGCGAUGAUAGCCGGUGGCCAACAUUACAUGACCUUCGACGGUCGUUACUACGAAUUCAGCGGGGAGUGCACUUAUCUGUUGGCCCAGGAUUUCGUUAGACACCAGUUCGCGGUACUGGUGAAAUACGACGCCGACAAAGUCGAGACGACGCAUCAGAUAAUCGUUUUGAUAGGAGGAGAAGCUAUUCAAUUGGACGUCUCGAAGAACUCGGUGAAACUCUUGAACUCCGACUUGGGACUGCAACUGCCCGCGCACCUGGGGAACGAGGACAUUUUCGUUUAUCAGGAGGAGAGCAUAGUGAUCGUGGAGAGUCAGCGUCGGCUUUUCAAGCUCGAAUGCAACAUGAAGUACGAUUUGUGCAUCUUGGAAUUGUCCGGAUGGUACUACGGUAAAACGGCCGGUCUGUUCGGGACAAUGAGCAACGAACAGUCGGACGAUUACCUCAAUUCUCACGGGAGGAUAGAGACGGACGUCGGUCCGUUCGCGCGAACUUGGUCUCUGGACAACGCGCAACAAUGCAGAAGCGCGCAGAACAAGGCUUUCGAGAAACCAGCGAAAACUCGAGAGUUUCAGAUCUGCAAGGACCUGUUCGCCAACAAAAGUUCGGAGUUCAAUUCCUGCUUCAACAACGUCGAUCCUAAUCCCUACCGAACGAUGUGUUUGAACACCAGAAGCGAGAAGGAAGCCUGCACCGUGGCCGUAUCCUACAUCCAAGUGUGCCUCUUCCACGACACAUAUCUGAGGAUACCGGACCGGUGCACCCGCUGCAGUUUGGUGAACGGAACGGAGGUCAAAGAAGGUGAAUUCCGAAAACUCGAAGGGGACGACGUGCCGAAAUCUACGGACGUUGUUUUCAUCGUUGAAGCGAAGAGUUGCAACCGGGACGUGAAAAACAACGCCAGCUUGGAGCAACUGAUCUCCCAAUUGAACAAAGAGUUCACCGAAUCGAAACUCUCCGGGGUCAGAUGGUCCCUCGUCACGUUCGGGGGAAACGGGGUGUUCGACGAACCGAGGAGUCUGGUUAUCAACGGGGAAACGUUCGCCACGAAUUACAGACAUUUCACCUCCUACUUCGACCACAUUCCGAUCGGUAACGGCAAUCAGGACAUAUUUUCCGCCAUCAGAUACGCGACGAAGCUAGGAUAUCGCGCCGGUGUAUCGAAGACCUUCGUUCUACUGCCGUGUUCGCAAUGCGAUCCGCGGAAUCAAACGCUGAACUAUUCCGUCCUGAACCAAGUGCUGAUCGAGCAGGGGGUUACGCUGCAUAUUUUGAUGGACGGGGAUUUCCAGAUGGAGAAAGAGAGACUUGGAAAAAUAACGUACGGGUUGGACGCGGGUAAGGCUUACACGAAAAAGGACUCCAGGUCGUUGGACGGGGACGUAGAUUUGCGGAGACAAGUUAAAUUGUCGAAAAGUAUUUUGGGAUACUGCACCCCGUUGGCUCUGGAGACGAACGGCACGAUUUUCAGCGGUAGAAAGUUACGCUUCGAGAAACCGGUGGCUGUCAAAAAGUUUUCCAACGUGUUUUCGAAGAGGGUUGCCCUCAGCGCGACUCCGAGUGUUUGUCAACACUGCGAGUGCAUGGCGGACAACAACGGUGUUACGAAAAUGGAAUGCGUACCUUGCGUUUAUCCUACACCGGUCAUCAUAGACUAUGAGGGCUUCAACGAAGACGAGUCUCUGGCCGCUCUGCAACCCUUCGAUUUUGAUUACAAUCAAACGACGGAAUUGGACGAAUAUUGACACGAGAGAUCGUAGAACGAGAGUAUUUAGAUAUUAUCUGAAUCACUGGGUCAUCGAUAAAAAAGGAAAUGGGUCGACUAUGAAAGCUGAUGACGUUUCCGAAUGGUUCAUAAAUCAUCUUAAUCGUUAUUCUCUUUAUCAAUCGAGAUUAGAGCGUUGUGCUAAAUUUGCCUGGUUACGAAACUAAAUUGUGCAACAUUUGGAAAUUCAUCGUAAGAUGAAAUAUUAUUUCUAUUAUCUGUUAUAUUUAUCAAAACUGAUACCGUUUGAUUCAAGACCGGUGAACACACGGCGGCAAAUGAUUUUCAUUAUUCAUCAUGUAACCGGCUUAUUAUUAAGAAUAAUCAACUAAUUAAUUGAUUACUUUUUCAGUUAAGUAAUUGUAAUAAGCAUUUUAAUUUAUUUAUUACACGUGCCAAAUAAUCUGGCUUAUCUAAACCAGUAUGAAUCAUUUUCCUUACUUCUAUCUUACGAUUUACAAUUAAUUUUUCAAUCGACUGUAUAAAUUGAUGACAGUAAAUGCCAAUCGCAGUGAAUAAUAAAAAAAAAAAAAACGCUCGAUUAUUGCUGAAUAGUAAUCGAAUUUUUAUAAAUAUUCGCCAGUUUUUUGAUACUUAAUUUCUGAACGUGGUAAAAAAUGACGUGGCAGGAACUAUAUGACUCAAAGGUUAUUAACGAGAAAAUUAUUAAUGAAAAAUGUCCGCAUUAUACCAGAAAUGUAUUUUAUUAAUAAGUAUUCUGUUAAAAAUAUAACAAUUCUAAGGAUAACAAAUGAA